CGAGAAAUCAAGAGAAUUAUACGCUUGUUCUUGCAUGCAUGCCAGUUGAGCCCCCAUGGGGGCAUAUCCUAUGUUGCGGCACAAGGCCAGCCUUGCAGCAAGGCGUAAGAAAGAACAUCUCAAGUGGUGGACCGGCCCAGGAUCAGCACUUUUGACUUGCUGACUGACGGGAAGACCAGUCAGAUAUUAUCGCUGUUCCUGGUGAUAGAUGUCCGGACCAUUAAGCAUUACCUCGUAUCGCAUCCUGAAGUUUCCGACGUACAUACAUACAAAGGGUUAUGCCGUACUUUCGAAGGACUACCUUUAACCUUUUUCGGGAAUUGGUCGACGUUCAUCCCAUAACGAGAACGCCUACUCAUUGGGAGGCUUUGUUUCAAUAUGGUUAUCCAUCCCACGGAUCGUUGCGAGUCUUGUGAGGGGCCGCAGAUGGCAGAUAACGGUUUAAAUGAGAUGAAAAUGCUACCAUGUUGCUGAUUCUCUUCCUAUUCUGAGACGACAAUCGUCCAAGUAUCCCACAAGUUAGGCCGACUCUCGAAUGCUGUUCGAAGGUAUGGAUGCCUCGCAUACCAGGAGACACCUCUCCUGGCGCUACCAACGCACGAAAAAAUACCGCCCGGCACCCAAAUCUACAGUGCCGCGGAUAGCUCGAAGCUAUCAGCCAGUAGUGAUAGCUUCAUUAGAUAGGACGUCAUACCCUGCGCAGGCUGAGUUUUUAACUCCAUCGUUGGACAACCUAUCCCUUUGCCAAGGUCUUCUCGCGAAUGAAGCCAAUUUCGCAUGCGAAAGCAGCUGUGACGUGCUUGAGAUUUACGAGACCGGGAGAAGAUCUUGGAAGUACGGCUGGAAUGAUGAAAAGAUUAUGACAUAUAUAAAGCCUUUCCUCGAUGGUCAAGUCAAAAGCACGCCUCAAGGCUUGAACCUCCGGGUGCUAUUUUGCAAUCUCCGCCGGCACCCAGACACUAGUUUUGGAUACCAGCUGUCGCUGUCGAAGCCUACUACAAAAAGCUUGCUCACGGCAUUCAGGGUUUUCCCACAUUUCCUGCCAUUCAUGCUUGGGGAACCUGACUACUGGGCACCUUUAUUUAUCCCACUUAGGAAUGAUAAAAGAGUUGUUCGAAUAGAGGCUACUUGGCAGCAUCCUCGCUAUAAUAUUCACGCUAGACAGCAGCCAUGUUCGGUUUAUAUGGGAUACGAUUUUGCCGAAGCAUGCACUACAUAUAUCAUUGUUAGUGGGGAAGGAGAGGAGUAUGUAGAACGAACGAAGACGAGACUCAAUGAUUACUUCGCUGAUGACGAUGGUCUCGCCGCCGCUGCCGGACAGAUCAGCGAUCCAUUUCUACUGCAAAGUAUCCUUUGCCAUGAGUCGCUUACAGAUGGAAAGGAAAUCAUAACGAAACUCCGCCACAGGCUUUACGACCAGCUCGACGUUGUCGGUGAGUAUGCAAAGGAACCAUUCGAUAAAAGCAAUCUUCAGGAAAUGACGAACCAGCUACACUUGAUCUCCCAAGAUGCAGAUUCGCUUUUCGCAAGUACUGAGAUGGCUGGCAUGAUAUCCACCCACAUGGGCAAAGCCCGGCAGCGGACUUCUAAACUUUCACCGAACAUUUUUCAUAAAAGCAAUGUCGGUGACGCACUGGCGUAUCUCAUCGAUUCAAUCGAGGCACAGAAACGCUGGCUACAAAGCCUAAAGUCCAGGAAGGACAUUGCGAUGAAUCUUGUCUUCAACCUAGUGACACAACAGGAUAGCGAGACCAGCACAAGCAUUGCUCGCGACACGAAAGAAGACAGUGCAUCGAUGAAGAUCAUUGCCGUGAUGACGAUGCUUUUCCUGCCGACUACUGCCGUUUCUGGUUUUUUCAGCAUGUCCUUCUUUUCGAUGUCGGGCCCCCUUCAGACGUCUGGUGAUAUCGGGCUCUUCUUUGCGGUUGCAUUGCCGUUAACCUUUCUUAUUUUUUUGACGUGGUGGAUGUGGUAUUCGGUGGAGUCGACGGUUAGAAAUGUGUGCUACUUUGUUUCGCUCAGAUAUCGGGGCUUCAGGUUUCGCUUGAAAACUGAAAAGGAUGAGGAGAGAGGCAACUAGCUAGGGAGAGUUAAAUAACUGCUACAAGAAUAUGUAUAGCGUAGGGUAUGCAUGCAA